CCGCUGCAAGAUCUGCCAUACACAAGCGUCUGUCUGCGGUGGUCUCUGAUUGGUCCACAUCAUCUGGAGAUCCAAGAAGACAGCAUGGCUCCCCCAGGUUUAAUCCUCGUUAGUUUACUCCUGGUUAUCCCCUUUUUAUCUCAAAUCAAGGGUGAAUUCAUUAAUGGUGCAAUCAACAUCAAUUAUGGCACAUUUGACAAGGUGAUAAGGCAGUUCAAAGCAGUCCUGGUCAGAUUUGACGAUGCAUACCCAUACGGUGACAAACAUGAUGAGUUCAAGAAGCUGGCUGUGUCCGCGAUGACCCAACCUGAUCUCUUGAUUGCUGACUAUGGAAUCAAUGACGACUCCGGCAGAGAUGACGAGGAGCAAGAUUCCGAUCGAGACAGAUGGGGUCGAAAUAGAUGGGAUGAUGAUGGGGAGUUCCCCCCUUAUAGUGGGUCCGGGUCGGGAGGCUACUCCGGCUCCGGUGGAUACUCGGGGUCGGGCAUGGACGAUGAUUAUAAAGAUGAUGAGGCUUAUAAGGAUGACUAUAAAGAUGAAGAUGCCAGUGUUGAGAAGGAGCCUGAGCCCAUUAACGUUGACGAGCCCAAGAGUGAUGAUGAGGAGGAAUGGAGUGGCAGUGGCAGUGGUAACUUCAGUGGAAGUGGAAGCGGUGAAUAUACAGAUUCAGAACCGAAAGACGAUGAUGAAAUGGAUGCUGAGAUGGAGUCGGAGAAGUCGCGGAUUCAACAGUCAGAUGACGAAGAGGAUAUGCAAGCCAACCGAGAAUACGCGCAGGGGAUGGGCAUCCAGAAGGAUGAUUGGCCGGUGUUCGUGCUCUACAUCAACAGCCAGAAGCGUAACCUCACCUACACAGGAGAUGUGACUGUUGAUGACAUGAAGGCAUGGAUCACCAAGGAAACCGGUCUAUGGCUUGGCCUCCCAUUCUGCAUGGAGAUAUUUGACGAGAUGGUGAGUGCGUUCCUGAAGCUAGAAAACCAAGAUGAAAUGGAGGACGCAGUUAAACAGGCUGAAGGUGUCGCGGCAACGCUGGAAGAUUACAACGAAAAGGAGUCGGCCAGGAUGUACGUCACGUACAUGAAUAAAAUCAUUGAGAAAGGAAAAGACUUUAUCGAGACUGAGUUGGAACGUGUUAAGAAGUUACGAGGUGGCCAAGCAAGCGAUAACAAGAAGGAACAACUCAGGAAUCGCUAUUAUAUGCUGACGUCGUUUUAUACGAGGCUGCCGAAGAAAACAAAUGAUGAAUUAUAAGAAUACGGAAGAUUAAUAGUAAGGUGUUGAAUUCCAUGUUAUGAUAAUCACCUCUUUGUACAGAUUCUUAAUCUACAUGUAGGUAACUUAUGCCAUGAGUAGGGCCAUCACAUGUGUUUCACACCAUUAUUAGUCUGAUAUGAUUGCAAUUGGAGAAGUCUAUCUCUAAAACUUAUCAUUUUGAAGCACUUAAACCUUUCUGCCUUUACCUAGGUGUGUAUACAUGUACAUAUAACAUACAUGCACAUGCAUUCCCACUCAAAUCAAGUGUUGUUAGUUUCAGCUUAUUGUAUUGAUAUUAUGUUAAAUCCGUCCAUGGGAAAUACGUGUGAACAAAUUACAAUACUUGCUGAACCAGCAGGCCCACCUUGAGUAAAAGAUAUACAGCCUUAUGAUUGAAAUACCAUGAUUUCUUAUAGCCUUGUCUUUAGACGUGUGUAAAGCUCUAAUCAAACUGCUGAAUGUCCGUCUGCUCAAUAUUUACCUUGUGUCCUCAAUGUUUUCAUUGUUUGAAAGAAUAAAACGUUGUUAUUGA